CAACCCUAGACUCGGGAAGUCCAACAGAUUUUAGCCGGCGGAACAUCUUCUUAUCACCCAAGAAAUAUCAUGAGAUCCGCGGUUCUGCUGAUUUGAGGUUAGACUGAGGGGGGCAAAUCGCCAACUGAUAAGAGAAAAAACCGCGUCCCACAAAUAACAUUCCAAAGAUUCUGGAAGGCAAAAGAUAAAGCGUGCCUGGGAGUUGCCGACUCGAACCAAACGGUCCCAUCCAUUCCUCGGCUAGCGCCGCCUGCAGUUUCUGGGACUCUUUUCAAUGCCAUACACCAGUUUCUCUUAUUAAUUUUUCGGAAUAAGCCGUGCUACAUAUAAAUAACGCCCUGGCAUUUUUCUGGGGAAGAAAAAAAAAGUCUCUUUCCUUCUUCCUCUUGCUGCGAGCGAUCGAACUGUCCCCCAAACAGCAGCAAGCAGCAAGCAGCAAGCAGCAAGAAGAAGCCUCCAAAGGAUGGAGUACCCCACAUUGGAAGAGGGCCACAAGGUCGAGCCGAAGCUGUCAACAGCUGAGGUGGAGGAACAAUCCCUGGUGAAACCCGCGGGCUUCUUCCCUAAGGUCCUCUACUAUGAGGCUCUGUUGGAUAAGAAGUUGGGGAUCGAAUCCAACAGUAUCGAGCGAGUGACGCCGGAAAAGAAGCAGCCUCCCAACAGUCUGGCCAUGGGCUUGAUCUGGGCGUCUGCGACCAUGAACCUCAGCUGUUUCAGUACGGGAUUCUUGGGGUGGGAGUUUGGCCUCAGCUUGGGGCAGGUCAUCCCCAUCAUCAUCUGCGCGACACUUCUGGGCGGGGCAAUCACGGGCUGGUGUGCUACCUUGGGUCCCGGUACUGGUCUUCGCCAAGUCGCCAUCUCUCGAUAUUCCCUAGGAUUCUACCCAUCGUCUAUCAUCGCCGCGCUCAACGUGGUCGAACAGCUGGGCUGGUCCUCUGUCAGUUGUAUCACCGCCGGCCAGGCUCUCGUCGCCGUCGCAGAUGGAAACAUCUCGAUCGUCGUGGGAGUCAUUAUUGUGGCCUGCCUCAGUCUGGCCAUCGUCUUUUUUGGCCUGAAAGUGGUGAUGAGCCUCGAGCAGUGGAUGUGGCUGAUCGCCUUCAUCAUCUUCAUGAUCGUCUAUGGGCAGUCAGGCAACCAUGCCAACCUCGCCCAACCCGCUACAGUCUCCGGCUUGACCAAGUCCGGACAAGUCCUGAGUCUGAUCAGUGUCAUCUACGGAUCCAGUGCCUCGUGGUCUUCCAUCGUAUCCGACUUCUACGUGCACUACCCGGUCAACACCUCCCGGGUCAAGGUUUUCUUCUUCACCACCCUGGGUAUCUCCCUGCCGACCUGCAUUGGCCUGCUGCUGGGCGCAUGCAUUGCCUCGGCGCUGGACACAAACGAGGAGUGGGCCGCUGCCUAUGACGGCGGCAUCGGCUAUAUGCUGCAGGAGCUCAUUCAUCCCAAGAAGUUUGCGAAAUUCUGCUUAGUCCUGAUGGUUCUGGCCAAUGUCGGUAUGAAUUGCAUCAACAUCUACGCCGCUUCCAUCAGCGCGCAGUUGUUCGCCCCGCCCUUCCGCAAGGUGCCCCGCACCAUCUGGACGGUGAUCGUCUUCGGCUGCAUCAUCGCCAUCGGUAUCGCCGGUCGCGACCACUUGCUGACUGUGCUCAACAAUUUCCUCUCGCUGCUGGGCUACUGGAACACCUCCUUCUUCGUCAUCCUGUUCUGCGAACACUACCUUUUCCGCGGCGGCAACUUAGCCAACUACGACCUCGACGCCUGGGACACUCCCUCCCGCAUGCCCAUCGGCUUCGCCGGCCUGACCUCCUUCCUCUGCGGCGCCGCGGGCUGGAUCGUCGGAAUGGAUGAAACCUACUACGUCGGCGCUCUGGCGAAGCUGAUCGGCGACGACGGCGGUGAUAUCGCCAACGAGCUGGCGCUGGUCUUCACCACCAUCUCCUUCAUCCCAUUGAGAUGGCUCGAACUGAAAUAUGUCGGACGAUGAAGGCUUUUGCGAUUGGAUUGAGUUUGUUUGGGUUAGGACUUUUCUAGAGAGAUUCUUUUCAUCUCCAUAUAUACAUACAUAACGAAGACAUAAUGCCCGAGAAGGUGGUUGGGACACCUUAAUAGGAAUACAUAUAUUCACUACUC